GUGUACUAUUUUGAAUAUUUUACGUAAUGAUCCAUAUACAGUAACAAGAUUUAUUAUUAUUAUAUUACACUGGGUUAUUCGAUUGAACGUAGUUAAAGACGCAUUCCGAUGAGAGUUGCUGAUCAGCAUUCUCGAUGCAUUAAUAAUCGAUCUCACCCACGUUCCUGUACUUCAGAAUGCAGACAACGUGACAAGGAUCUGGAAGAAGCUCGUUCACGUGCUGCUCAACUUGAAAAAACGAUGAGAUGGUGGUCAGAUUGUACAGCUAGCUGGAGAGAAAAAUGGGCAUCAUUACGUGACGAGAGAAAUUAUCUACGAGAGAAAUUGAGUUCAACACAAAAAUCUUUAGAUGAUGCGACGGAAAUUAUAGAGACGUUAAAAUUGGAAAAACAACAAUUACUUGAAGAUUUUUAUCCAUCGAAUAAUCAACUUCAUAAAUAUAAUUCUAUUUCAACUAUGAAAUCUACCAUUAAUCCAAUUUGUUCAAUGAAACAAGAAACUAGUCAAUCAGGAAUAACAGAAUCGAAUGCAGAUCAAGAUAUGUGCGCUAUUGAAAAACGAAACAGAUCAAAAGAUAUUGGAAGUCAGUCAACUAGGUUUUCACAUAAUAAUCAACCUAUAAGAACUCAAUUACUGGAAUUGUCUUCAACAAUCCGUUGGUGGAAGAAUCAAUGUAUGAAUUUAGAACAGGAGAUUCGCCAUCUGUUUGAAUCGAAUACUAAACAUUGGUCAAAGUGUAAAAUUUUAUCGCAUAAGAAUUUUCUACUUUUGCAAGAAAAUGAUCUUUUAAGAAAAGAGAUUUCUAAUCUAUGGUGUAUUCGAGAUAAUCAACAUGAUGAACGCACUGAUCCGAUUUCUUGUACAAAUAAUUAUGGACCACAAGCAUCAAAUGAAAACAUUGAGUGUGACACAUACAAACAAAAUAUUGAAAAUAGAGAAACAUCAGUCGAGAAUUUAUUAUUACAAUUAUCUGAAAGAAAUUGUCAGCUAGAUUUAUUACAGCGUCGUUUAUCUUUUAUGUUACACGAACGUACUGUACUUUGUCAUCAAUUAGAAGAAAUGAGUAUAGGAAAAGAUAAAUCUGAAUAUAAAACAUAUCUUACUGCCAAGAAUAUAAGAACGCAUUUCAUUGAAAAUAUUGAAACAUUAAAAGAUGAUUAUUCAAAAUACUCUUAUAGAAGUGAAUUAAAUUCAAACUGCGAAACGGAAUUCACCUCUGAUGUACCUAAAAGCGUCAUCACAAAUAUAUUAAAUGAUAAAUUAGAAACAAUAUCACCAUCUGAUGAAUCCACAUUUAUGAGUAAUAAAAUUACUGAAUUGCGAAGUGAUGCGACUGAUGGAUCAUGAAAUCCACACAUAAACACUUACACUUUUUUUAUCAGUAGAAAACUCAACAUUCAUAAAUUAUGCAGAAUCGAUAGCUCUUCUUUUAUGUUUCAAAUAUGUUCAAGUAUUUUACAUUGACGUGUGUAUACAACGAGUCGUUGAAGAAAUACAAUAUAACCUGUCUUAUGAAUACACAGAUGCAUUGAGAGAAUUAUCUAAUAGCAUAUAUUUAUUUUUAUGUGGAUAUAUAACUCAAGCUUACAAAAAUAACAAAGUUUUAUCAACCUGAAAAUCUACAUUUACCCCACAGGCCAAUAUAAUUUGAACUAGUAUCAUUCAAAAAUUUUGGAUUGAACUUUACGUCCAUAAUGUUUCUUGAUACUUUUUAAAUGUUUACCUUUAUGUAAAAUACCUAUUUUCUCUAGAUUCAUUUUUUUCUAUUUAUCAUAUUUCAUAUCGAAACUUGUUAUCUUAUUCACUCUAUCAAAACUGGUGUUUCAAAUAAAACAGGAAUUAUUCAGUGACUUUUGUUAUCAUACAUAGUUAAUCCAAGAAAGAAACGAAAUAACUUCAUAGAAACGUUACUUUACAAACAUUUGGGUGUAUCAUUAAUGUUUUUUCUUUUAAAACGUCGGUAGUAAACCCAACAAGAUAGAUUCUGCAGCUGCCUUGUUAUUCGGUAUUUGAUCUUAACUAGAUAUUUUGACAUGAUGGAGUAUACAGACAUUUUUAUUAAAAUUUAAAAUCGAUAUAGUGAAUCAGCGAUCAGAACGUACGAAAGACCACACACCUUAAAUGUUUUUUAUCAAAUUAGGUGGACAGUUUCCUUAACCUUGGAGUCUUUACUGGAAUGUUUUAUGCACUUACUAUUUUCUUCAAUGGAUUAUUUUCAUUAAAUCGCCCUUAAGACCUUAUGAUUUCUUCUAGAGCUUUAGCAAAAACUAUGUUGUAAAGUCC